AUGAAUAUUGAAGAUCUUGAAAAAACAACUUAUUAUCACAAUAUUGAUAAAAUUAUCAAACUCAAAGGAUCAUACAAAGGUGAUGAUGUUGAUUCAUUUCAUUGUAGUAUUGAUGAUAAAGAAGAAGAAAUCACACAUCGGAGCAAUUAUGAUGAUAUAUCACAAUCAUACAAUUUCACAGCUGAUUGCAAAAUUUCAAGUUCAAUUAAUCAAGAAAAAGGCUACACAUUGAAAGUUUGGGCAAUGCAUUCUAAUGAAGUCUCAGAUGUUGUAAUUAAACAAUUUUCAUUAAAAAGAAACAAUCCAGUUCUCAAAGUAUCAGAUUUAAGUAAAGGAUCAUAUUUCCACAAGAGAGAUAGUUCUAUUUCAGUUUCUGGUUAUGUUUCAGAUAUAGAUGGUGAUGAAUAUGUUACGAUAGAAUCAUAUAUUGAAGGAUAUCAAACAACAACAAGAUCAAGCAAAAGUAUUUCUAUUCAAAGUAGCAGUGAAUAUCCAUUCAAUCUUAAUGUUAAUAUUCCAGAUUCUCUUCCACGCGGAAAUUAUCGACUUAUCAUCAGAUGUUGUGACAGCUUACCAAAAUGUGCUUCAACAAUCAAAAGAUUUUAUUUCGAAUACAACAAUCCAGUUCUCCAAAUAAUCAAAAAACCAAUAUUCCCAGUUUUUAUCAACAGAGACAAAUUUAUAAACUUCACACUUUCAGUUUCAGACAUCGAUGGCAAUAGUCAUAUUCGUAUAUAUCACAGUCUUAACAACACAGAAGGCAAUCUUGUCAAUAUCAGUCUUCAAGAAGAAACGAGCAAAGAAUUUGAUUAUAACAUUCCUCUUCCAUCUGAUAUCAAUGCAGGCGAUUGCCAGAUUAAGUUUUAUUCUGAAGACGAGCAUCAUCUUGCCUCUCGCUAUUUAUAUGUUAAUACAACAUUUGCGAAGUUCACUCAAAAAGAAGAAGAUGAAAUUCAUGAAAAACAAAAUAAAAAACAUAUUCAUUUACCUCCAAUUUUUCUUUUGAUUACUUUAAAAAGGUAA